AUGGGUCAAGGCUACUCCCUCACGACCCUUUCUGCGGGUUCGGCGGGGAUCGAUAUCCCCGAGCUAUCGGACCUGGCAUAUGAGAGGUCUAUGGGCGGUGGCAGGUUCAUGAAAAGUAUCCGGGCCAGGCAAAAAAAUGGCUUGGUCUUUGUAAAGGUAAUCAUGAAGCCUUUUCCAAGCAUGAAACUAGAGCCUUACGUCAGAGCCAUCAUCCGCGAACGUGAACUGUUAUCAGAUAUUCCAAAUGCUUUAGGCUCUCAGAGGAUACUCGAAACAAGCAUUGGUGGCUACCUAGUGCGCCAGUAUAUCCACAGCUCACUAUAUGAUCGGAUGAGCACUCGGCCCUUUCCGGAGGAAAUCGAGAAGAAAUGGAUUGCUUUCCAGCUCCUCUGCGCUCUCCGAGACUGCCAUGCGGUUGAGGUUUUCCACGGUGAUAUUAAGACAGAGAACGUCUUGGUCACGGCGUGGAACUGGGUGUAUCUCUCGGAUUUUUCCUCUUCAUUUAAACCUACUUUUCUUCCAGAGGACAACCCUGCCGAUUUCUAUUUCUACUUCGAUACGUCCGGGCGUCGAACAUGCUACUUAGCCCCAGAGAGGUUCCUUGUCGCAAACGAGGAGCCGGGAAGUAGAAAUGUGAACUGGGCUAUGGACAUAUUUAGUGCCGGUUGUGUUAUUGCAGAACUAUUUCUGGAGUCGCCGAUCUUCACUUUAAGUCAAAUCUACAAAUAUCGGAAAGGCGAGUAUAGCCCCGAGCACAGUCAACUAGCCAAGAUUGAAGAUCCUGAAAUACGUGCUUUAAUCUUGCACAUGAUUCAGCUUGAUCCUGAAUCCAGAUAUUCAGCUGAAGAGUACUUGAACUUUUGGAAGAUCAAGGCAUUUCCGGAAUACUUUUACAGUUUUCUGCAUCAAUACAUGUCCCUUAUGACCGACCCUUCCUCUGGCAGGACACAAGUGGAAGCAGGGUCAGCAAACCGAGGUGAAGCUGAUGACAGGAUAGAGAGAGUCUAUCUAGACUUCGACAAGAUAUCUUUCUUUCUGGGUGCAACCCCCAAGGCCAACAAAAGCGGCUCCACGAGUAUCAGUUCUAGGCUUACGGGCAACACCUUGCCUGUUGAGCUCGACCUGCCACAUUAUGAAUACCAAAAUUCGAAGCUUCGCGCGCGGACCGAUGACGGGGUGUUGAUUUUCUUGACGCUCGUCGUCUCCAGUCUCCGCAACACGUCCAAAGCAUCGGCUCGAAUCAAAGCUUGUGAUAUUCUUCUUGCAUUUGCGGAGAGAGUAUCUGAUGAAGCCAAGCUGGACCGCAUUCUUCCUUAUAUCAUGAUUCUCCUCAGCGAUCGGACGGAUUCUGUGAAAACUGCCGCAAUACGUGCUCUUGCGGGUCUCCUAGAGAUGGUUCAGGUCGUGUCUCCGGUCAAUGCAUAUCUUUUUUCAGAGUACAUCUUCCCUAGGAUACAGCCGUUUGUUCUCAGCGCGAACUCGCAUCCCAGUCCACCCGUUCGUGCUGCGUAUGCUUCCUGUAUUGCAUCACUAGCACAUUCUUCACUCAGAUUCCUAGAUAUGAUGCAAGCAUUACGAUCUGACACACGCCUGCCCACGUUAAUGCCAGCCGGUUCUGAACCAAGAUGGACCGAGGACGCCACUUACCAUAACCUAUACGACGUGGCAAGGAUGGAUCUUCUUGACUACUUUGAAGCUCACACCAAGGCGCUGUUGACCGACAGCGAUGCGUCCGUCCGUCGCGCAUUCCUAGGAUCAGUGUCCAGCUUAUGUGCUUUCUUCGGCAACCUAAAAACUAACGAGGUAAUCUUGAGUCAUCUCAACACAUAUCUGAAUGAUCGGGAUUGGAUUCUCAAGUGUGCAUUUUUCGAGGCCGUCGUGGGUGUUGCGGCCUAUGUAGGGAGCACAAGCUUGGAGCAGUACAUCCUACCUUUGAUGGUGCAGUCGAUGACAGACCCAGAGGAGUUUGUUGUUGAGAGAGUCAUUCGCUCGCUUGCUGCCAUGGCCGAACUUGGUCUUUUCCAGAGAUCGACCACUUGGGAUCUCCUUCACGCUACUGUUCGCUUGCUAGUCCAUCCAAACUCUUGGAUCCGAGAAGCAUCUGUCAGCUUCGUUGUCAAUUCGACCAAAUUCAUAUCUGUCGCAGAUAAACAUUCUAUCCUUUCGCCGCUUGUUCUCCCGUUUCUGAGGGUGCCUAUUGUGAACUUCUCCGAAGGAGAUAUGCUCGAUGCUCUAAAAGCUCCGCUCCCAAAGGCUGUGUAUGAUUUGGCGUCUGUGUGGGCUUCAAAGGCCGAAAAGGGCCUUUUUUGGAAGUCUAUUAGUCGAGACGGAACUUCAGCUUUAGGUGGCGCUAAUGUUUUGGCUCCGAAGAAGAACCAGAAACCCUUUUCCCUAACCUCGCAACCCAAAACUGAAGAAGACGAGUAUUGGAUCUCGCGAAUGAGGAAUAUGGGAAUGACUACAGAAGACGAGCCCAAGCUGGUCGCUCUCCGUGAACAUAUUUGGAGGGUCUCGAUGCGCCAAACCAAAGAAAUUGAAAAUGGGAAAUCUCCUUUGAAUAAUGUUGUUGCUUUGAUAGAUUAUGGAGUUACGCCUCAGACGGUGUUUUUCGAUAGAAGUCAAAACGUUAAGCCGCGAAGGAAUUCCUUGGGGAGACCUCCAACAACUCGAGCCGAAGAUAACAAGCCACAUACAAUCACCGAUGCACUGCUUGAUGCUUCAACCACGAUUGACAACGCGACAAAUUCCCGGCGGCGACAUCCGCGCUCCAAAAGCAAAGUACCACAGGACAUCGGGGGCCCCGCCGCUACCCCACGACAAAAUGCUAUUGGCAUUCUUCGUGCUGAGGAGUCACCCAGUUCCUCACCUGUCGCAUCGUCCCCGAGUGCAGCACCCGGGUCUCGACCAAUGUCGCCCCCUAGCUCGGAUGCAGAGCCCAAGGUCUCAGAAGGUCGACGAAGCCCUGGCCAAGAGAGUUCAUCAACGGAAAGGGAGAGCCUCAGUGUGAAAGGAUGGGCCGCGGGGGUGCAGAAAAAGUCUAGCGCCAUAAGCUUGCUCAAUCGUAAUACCACAAAAGCAUACGCAGAAACAGGUACCAGCCCAGCAAAUGCGUUUGGCAAAAUCGGCGUUCCACACCAGCGAGAUGCAAUUGAACCAGCCGCCUCUCCUGCACCCCGUGAAAGGAAGCCUCUGGAGCAGCAAGUGCAGCAGUAUCGCGCCAACCACUCUUACGGAGGAGACGAUCCUACGAUUCUCAAGCUUUUAGACUCUGUUUUUGCAGAAAAUUAUCCCACAGAUUUCUUUGAUCUUGGCCCUUACGUUAAAGAAGUGGAUAGUCGACAUCCAAUACCGAAAGCAAACGAUCGCGAUGCGAACAAAGUCUGGAAGCCAACAGGAACACUCGUGGCCCUAUUUGGCGAGCACAGUGCACCGGUAAACCGAGUAGUUGUUGCUCCGGAUCACUCAUUCUUCGUCACUGGUUCCGACGAUGGGACUGUCAAAGUCUGGGACACGACACGCCUAGAGAAGAACUUGACCCCUCGGUCACGUCAGACCUACCGCCAUUCUAAUGAAGCGAAGGUAAAAGCUUUGACCUUUGUUGAAAAUACACAUACAUUCGUCAGCGGUGCUACUGACGGUAGUAUCCAAGCGGUCAAGGUUGAUUAUCACAAUGCCAACGGCACGGUGCGGUACGGAAAACUGCAGCUCGUGCGCGAAUAUCAGCUAUCCGCGGCAAACGAUGGGUCUCCCGAGUACGCCAUCUGGCUUGAACACUUUCGUGUAGAUGCGCAGUCUACGCUGCUUAUUGCGACGAGCUUGUGUCGAAUCAUCGCUCUGGACAUGAAAACCAUGCUACCAGUCUAUACAUUGCAAAAUCCGAUCCAUCAUGGAACGCCUACAACCUUCUGCUGUGAUCGCAAACACAACUGGCUUCUCGUGGGUACAACACAUGGGAUCCUCAAUCUCUGGGAUCUCAGGUUCCAGGUCCGGCUUAAGGCUUGGGGUUUAUCGGGCUCUGGUCCUAUUCACAGAUUGCAGGUUCAUCCGACCAAAGGCCGUGGCCGAUGGGUGUGUGUCUCAGGGAGCGGCAGUCACGGAAAUGAGAUAACGGUUUGGGACAUCGAGAAGAUCCGAUGUCGUGAGGUGUAUCGGGCCGAUUCUCUUGGGCUCAACAACACGCAUUCCAAAGACACAUCAGAGAAUCAGAAACCCAGGCAGGCCCAACUUAGUCAGAAAGACUACGAAGCAUGGCAUGUUGAAGGAGACCGCCCAGAAGGUAUGCUCAGCCGUUUUGCAACCGAAGUACCCGGAACCACGGAAUACCCAUCCGGCCCGUCACCCACGAAUGCUCCAUCGGGAAUCUGCACUUUUGCCGCUGGAUUUGACUCGCCGGACGACGGAAAGGACAACAGCACCCGAUGCGGCUUUAUCAUCUCAGGCGGCUGUGAUCGCAAGAUCCGAUUCUGGGAUCUGGCUCGCCCCGAACAAUCUAGCAUUGUCAGCGGACUCGACCCCGUCUCAGAUGGAGGGAUGACGGGGACGCCCCGCUACGAACUAUCCCAACCCGUUGCGUCGCUUCUCCUAACCACCGAACACCUGCCCAACCCUGCUACCAACGGCAACGGCAGCGGCGCAAAGGGGGGUAGUAGAAAGAGCGGAAGCGGGCGGUUACCGCGGAGCACGGUGAUAAGCCUCCAGCAGCAGCAGCUCUUGAAGAGCCAUCUAGAUUUCAUUCAGGAUAUCGCGGUGCUGCGCGUGCCGUACGGCAUGGUUAUCAGCGUAGACCGGGCGGGGAUGGUUUACAUUUUCCAAUGA